UGUAGCUCAGUGCUCUCGUAGACACUGACAGAGACAGUUGACACAGAAGACCGAGGACCGUGUGCUGAAUGCUCUGGUGACAUGCAACAUUACAACAACAACGCACUCUGAAGUCUUUCUUUCAUUUCAUAGCAGUAGAGCGCUUGCUGUUUUUGACUUUGUAUAACUUUUGCGCACUGACGCGCAUCUAGCGAGCGAACAUGCACUGCCAAGCCGAGCUCAGACUCGCAUCGCCGGGCCAACUGAAAGCAGCCAGGCGGCGCUACAAGACGUUCAUGAUCGACGAAAUUCUCUCCAAGGAAACUUGUGAUUACUUCGAAAAGCUGUCGCUUUACUCUGUCUGCCCGUCCCUCGUCGUUCGUCCCAAACCUCUUCACUCAUGUUCGGGGUCCUCCUCCAUGCGUGCGUACCCCCUCCUCUCCGUCAUCACCCGGCAGCCGCCCAGCAUCCCGCCUCACCUGUCCCCUCCAUCGCCGUCCGGCCCACCUCAGGUGGCCCACCUACCGCUGCUCUCCCCGCACCACCACCAGCCCCGCCCCCACCUGGCUGAGCCCGCCCCCAGCGAGACGCCCGUCAGCAUCAGCAGCGAAUCGGACUCGGAGCACGGCGGCGGCGGCGGCGGCGGGCGGCUGAAGAAGCCUCGCCGGAGCCGCACCAUCUUCACGGAGCUGCAGCUCAUGGGGCUGGAGAAGAAGUUCCAGAAGCAGAAGUACCUGUCCACACCUGACAGGUUGGACCUGGCCCAGUCUCUGGGUCUUACUCAGCUGCAGGUCAAGACCUGGUACCAGAACAGACGCAUGAAGUGGAAGAAGAUGGUGUUGAAGGGAGGACACGAGGCGCCCACCAAACCCAAGGGUCGCCCCAAGAAAAACUCCAUCCCCACCACAGAGGAGAUCGAGGCACAGGAGAGAAUGGCGGCCAUGCUGGCCGAGGAGGAACGUUUGAGGCAGGCCCAAACAGGGGCCCAGGCACAGGCACAGGCACAAGCCCAGACCCAGGGACAGGGACACCCCUACCAGUCCCAGCCCCAGGACCUGAGCACAGGUGCCGGGUCACCAGAGCCACACAGCCCCCUGUGCCCAGCCCAGAUGUCCUCCCCAGCCUCCAGAGAUCAUCAACAGCAACAGCAGCUGAUGAUGCAUCCACUACCGUCCCCACAGACGCACACGGCCACCUAAUGUUGCCUCUUCUCUUCUCUUCUCUUCUCUCCCCUUCUCUUCUUGCCAAAGCCAUCCCCAGCAGCUAAGGACUGGGCCCAAAAUUGCUUUGCAUUACGAUGCACUUAGUGCCUCACGAUCCCUCCAAACCCCUUCGAGAGCUAUGAUCAUUAAAGUCAAUCCAAAGUCAAAAGUCUCUUGAAUUGCGUUCAGUGUGGGACUUACCUCUUUGAAAAAGUGAUCAGAACUCAUAUUAUUGUGUUUCACAGCUACAAUAGAAACAAAAUAAGGUGUUUUGUCUUGUUUUUUUUGGGGGGGGGGAUCCUGAUCUCAGUUGCCUUGUCCUGUUACUAUAUCAGUGUUCGCGAUACAAUUCGAGCUGCCAGACAUGCACGCACACACUUGCAAGCCGUAGCUGUCAAUCAGCUAUAAUGGACUUCGACUCACCUGCAAGGAAACUCUCGAACGAAUCGUUCAGACACACAACACGCCCUGAUGAGAUCAUGCUCUGACUGUUGUUUGUUUUUAAACACUAAGCUAUUUUUGUUUAUUAGCGGGCCAUUAUUUAUGUGUAAAAGCACUGAGAUUGUAUUCAGCCGUAAAGGUUCUAGCCACAUUGUGCCAAGAUACAGACAUACGGAGCAUUCAAUUUGUUCCGUGGGAUUGUAUGUAUGUAGUGCCUUUUUUGCCAAUUUUAAAUCACACAGAUAUUCUCUCGUUUCUUAUGACACAAGGGAGUCAGUUUAAAGUAUUAGUAAACAAGUGUAUAUUUUACAGUAUUGUAUUUUUCUAUCACAGUAAAUAUUGGUUUUGCUUGGGUGUCUUUUUCUCUCAUCUCCCCCACCCCAUCCCCGAUGGCUUUGUGAGAGAGUGAUACAGCUAUUUUAACCAAAGUUAUAAAGUGUUUUCUCAAACAGAGUUAUCUCGACUCAUCCUCAAUAGCAGUCUUUUUUUUCUUGAUACAUGUGUCCUCUGCACUUGUUCUAGAUGUAUAUUCAAAGAUGAGACUGUGGUACAAUGGGAAUUGUAUCAAAGUUAUAUUAAAUGAAGCGGGGGAAUAUCCUUAUGUAAAGUAGGCCUAUUCUAUUUUGUAUCUACUGUACAUGAAUAGAAUGUAUAAGUGAGCUUGGGUUUCAUUUUUUUCAUUUUUUUUCUUCCACCCUCUUUGUAUUUCAUAAUCUCUGUCUCUCUUACCUAUUCUUUCUCUAUUUCUCUAUUCACUCGAUUUCUUUUACUUGCUCUCUUUUACUUCCACCCUCACCACUCUCUCUC